AUGGAUUCUCAUGAAGAAUCUGCUUCGAUGAGGAAUCGUGAUAAACAUGAUCGUGAAAGUGAAACGAGUAAUAGCCGCAAGGGCAUAUCAAAACAACGAGGGCAAGGUGAAUGCGAUGAAAAUGUGUUUACAUCAAUGUCACAUGAAACAGAUUUAAGUUUUUGCCCACAUAAUGGCUCUAAACCAAGAAAUUCUAGUACUAUAUCAAAUAAUGAUGUGGGGCAGUCAUCCAAUCGUCUUACGGGAUGUAAUUUAGAGCAUAGAAAUAAUUCUGAACCCUGUAAGAAAAUGAACAACACAACUAAUAAUCAACUUGAUACAGUUAGUAAUACUAUGUCAGAGAGAAUACCCUGUGAUAAUGGCUUAGAUUCCGUUCAAGAUAUACAAUCAUGUCAAAAACACAAAGUUUGUUUGGAGACUGUUGGUUUUCCUCAUGCUUACAACAUAAAUGCUCCCUCAACAAGUGGGGCCUCAUCUAGUAAAACUUUUGAUAAUUUGGGUGAAGGAAGUGGCUUUAGAGAGAGCAGAAAAAGACCAUCAACUUUAAAGCUAAACAAAUCUAAUUUAGACAGGGAUGAUAGUUCUAGUGAUACAGGUAAUGAUGAUUACUCAUUAGGUUCAGAGGAUGGCUGUAUCUAUACAUACAGAGGAGGCGAACACUUGGCAGACUUGCCAAGUUCUUUCUUCAGCUUAGACAUGGGAUUACCUCUUGACAAACAUUUACCAAUACCUCCACCAUAUGCAGCUCAGCCAGCUGGUGCAAAUGUAAGAGAACAGAAUUCUCGUGCAUCUAGCCCUGAUAUGGACUUUUUGGAAAUGGAUUUUGAUCCUGGACCUUCGUGUGAAGUGGAUACAGAUGAUGAGUCCACGUCUGACACAGAUCUUGAUGGUGCCAAUAUGCCAGAAGAGAAUGAGCCUGUAAUUAGAGGAACAUCUCCAGAAUAUUUACCUCCCCCGGUCCAACAAAUUCCAAUAGCUGCUACAUCUAGUAUGGCUCAAGAAGACUCUUAUCAUAAUGUGCCAUCAACCAGUCGUGUGGAAGUAGUACAGGAGAUGCCCGAAAAUCCACAACACAUUCAAGCAUAUGGACCAUAUAUUACACAUGAUAAUGUUCGUGGAGAACAAUUACUAGUAAGAAGGACAAUGACGCAUUGGCACACAAUUCAUAAUGUAUCACAUCAUGUCUCUAGUGGUGAUUUAAUAUCACCAAGAGAAAUAUUAAAUUAUGAUGAGGAACAUACAGAAGCACCCUUUGCAUACCAAAUUAACCAAGGAGAAAGGCCUACUUUUGACUCAUCAAACCUGUCUUCAUCAUUAUACCAUCUCACUAUGGCGAAAAAGCUUAUGACUGACAAAACUAAAUUAGAUAUGGAAAAUCAUGAUGCAGCAAGUGUGCUAGGAGCCGACAAACCCGCAGGCACGUCGGAAUCUAGUGUGAGCUGUGUCGAACCUCCUCGAUGCAUGGUGUGGUCUGAACGAGAGGCGUGUGAACGACAAGUCACACAAAUUGGCACAUCUGCCUGUGGGGCCACUGCCGUUGUCAAUGUGUUUAUAGCUCUUGGCGUACCUGUUAAUAUAGACAGAAUUAAUUCAGCCGUUGGAACAAGAUUAAGGGCCAACAAUGCACCAUUGCCAAGGUAUCUAUUAUCGCGGGCCGUUGCGGGGUGUACGGCGGCGGACCUGGUGACGGGUAUACAGAGAGCGUCAGAUGGUCUCGUUACCGCGAGGUUCUUCCCCACGUACCCGGAGAGGGCCGUGUCAUUGUCUCACUGGUUGGCCGAUUGGAUAUCGCUUGGCGCGGUACCAAUUCUUACGUUAAACUUGCAAAUGGGUUGUGACGGUGAGAUACCAGAUGCAUGGCAUCAUCAGAUGGUGUUUGGAGUUUCUUCCCACGGGGUAUACUUGACGAAUCCAGUCGAAUGUGUUCGAGAGUCGAUGUUAUGGCCUAAACUAAUAUCCCCCUCAGUAUUAUUGGUGAAAACGAGGGACGUCCUGGCUAGAUUUACAGCAAAUACAGAUUUGACACCACUGAUGGCUGUACCUGAUAGACGGUUUCAUACUUUUAAUGUUCUUGGACAAGUGGUGAACGUGAUCCGCGAGUGGCGCGCGUCCGGGUGGGCGGAGGCGGGCACGCGCACGCGCCACGUGCGCCUGCCCGCCGCGUACCAGGCCGGCGUCACCGUGGCCGCGCUCACCGGCUCCGAGGCGCACCGCCGCCUCGUGCACGCGCCGUCGCUGCCCGACCUCCCCGCG